CGUCUACACAAAACAAAAGCACCUUCCUAAUCCUUCCCUUCCCUUUUGAGUGUGUGUGUGCUCUCUCUCACUCACUGUUUAGUUAUCCCCCACCCCACAGGGACAGGCUGCUAGUUGGCAUUGAACUGUGCUAGCUAAGUCUCAUCUCUCCUCGAUCUAUAUAUGUGCAAUGCGCCUGUGCAAGUCCCCCGACCACACUAGAAAGCGAGAAAGAGCCCACAGAGAGAGAGAGAGAGAGAGAGAGAGAGAGAUCAUAAGUAAGCCAUGCGAUGGGACCUGAGGCAGAACCAAAAUCCGAUUCCAGCAUAUCCACAAAGCUCCAACUGUCCCCAGUAUCUUUGCACAAGCUCCCCAACUCACCGGAGAGGUCAGGGUUGCGAACCCCGCCAUUCCACACUAUAGCAGCUGUCCCAUUCCGGUGGGAAGAAGAGCCCGGUAAGCCCCUACCUUGUACUGCCAUCAUCCCUCUCCCAAGCCAUAAUAAUAGUAGUCCACCACCGCCCCCCAAAUGCUUGGUGCUCCCCCCGAGGCUCCUCAAGGAGGCCAUAAUAGCCAAGAUGCCAUUGCCUGCAUUCGAAAAGCGGAGUACGUUCCACUCCACUUCCUUCAGGAUCGGUGGGGACUGCUAUGGAUCGUUCCGGGAGAGUCCCAACUCUGGGUACGAGACUGGUAAGAGAAACGUGGACUUGGACCUGAAGCUGGAGAGUGCAGAAAAGAGGAUGAACUCUUCAUGGUGGGGGAGAAAGUUGAGUCCACCUCUUCCUACUACUGAGUCUGAGAGAGGGGGGAAUUGGAGCAGCUGUGCAUUCCCUUCCUUUUCUACUACUAGUGCUACUACUAGUACUAGUAGAAACGGAAGUAGCAGCACCAUCGUAGUAGAGGGAAUUCAAGACGGAGGCAGAGGAGAGAGUGAGUCACAGGGGGGCGGCGAAGGCGGCAGCAGCACUAGAGAAGAGCUUAAUGACAGCAGCUCAAGGAAGAUGAAGAAGAACAUCGCUACUAAGAUUAUUAGAUGGGCAGGGAGCUUCCCCUCUCUCUCCCACUACCGCCCCAAUUCCAAUUCUUACAUCUGGGUGGGUAUAUUCGAGGGCCUGAAGGGCAUAGUGCCUUCGAGAAGCCGGAAACUGAGCAAGGCGUCCCCAUCUCCGUCCUUUGAUUGAAACAGUGGCAUCUAUUCUAGUCCAAAAGGAUCCCAUGCCAUCCCCGCAAGGCAAGGCAAGGCAAGGCAUGGCAUCCUUCAAUGUAAUUUGCUUCAUCACAAGUCCCAUAACACUACCAUACAUGGAGAGCAGCACGUUUCUAUUCGUACGUGUGCUGGGACUGGGCAGCAACUUCACUAAGGCAGGCAUUGGAACAAUCACAACUUCCAGACGGAACGCAAGCAGGCAGUAAUUUUAGGUUAAAGGAGUUGUAUCGAGGUUACUAAGGCCCUCUUGCAUUGUCAAGUUCAGGCAACCAGCAGGGGGCCAUUCCUGUACAAUUAGGAUUAUGGUGUGUAAUCAGGUCGAACGCAUGACUUCAUGAUUCCGAAAGGUGGAGGGCCCUUAGUAUAUCUUCCAAGACUUCAAAUAGUGUCAGUAGCAAAGUACUUAGCCAUGCAACUUGUGAUAUAUCGGAGC